UUUGACCACUCGUACGAUCCAUUUAAACCCUCUCUACCUUACCCUCUGUACCCAUUGUCGCCUCGGUAGGGCAGUGCAAUUCCCUUUUACACAAUUCAAAAAAUUUCCCCCACGACCUCUUUACUCUAAAUAUGACCCCGUUCCGCAACUUCCUCACCAAAAAGUCCGCGGCGCCUAAUGGCGGGGAAGCCGAUAACGUUAGUCGCUUGCCCGCAGACAGCCAUCAUUCAUCGCCCUUAAAUAUCAGGAAAAGCACCGACAAUGGACCUCCUGAAUAUAAACUGAGUGUGGUCGACGAUAAUGGAGCCUAUCUUCCGCCAUCUCCGCCGGAAAAACAGAGCUUCUGGCGCAGGUACCCAGGCUCCAAUAAAUCCUCGAACCAUCGUGACCUCGUCGACGAGAAUGAGCCGUUCUCAAUAUCCCGCGAAUCCUUCGAUUCGUAUCGCCGGUCAUUUGAUAUAUCUGCCCGGUCACCUAUAAAUCAUAGCGACGCAAUGCCCUCUCGCACCUCGCUUGACUCGCGUUUCUCCCGUCUAUCGUCACCAUACGUAAAGGGUCCCCAAAAGCAACCCACAUCGAUGGAAGAAGAACAAUUCGAUGAUGUUGGACUCGAUGACGACAACGAAGCCAAGCCGAAAAAGAAGGGUUUAUUCUCGCGACUCGGCGACUUCACAAAUGACAGUCAAACAUCAAGCAACUCUAAACUAGGCUUUCACAUCCCGGGCAGAAAACGGGGACAGAGCAAUGUAGGAUCUGAAUUGGGCUCUAUGAAGUCGCCGCCAACCGUAGAGUCGGAGUUACGUGAUGCGUGAGAUCCUCGCAACUAUGGUAUAUUUGGGUAAUGAAUGGGGUAGGCGUUCGGGGAAUUGAUCAGGGUUUCUUCCCGAUCGACUACUAAUACAAGCGCUUUGAUUUGGAUUCUUGCGCGCUGGAUGGCCGAAGCACCAUUGCUACGCAUACAUACGGCCUAAUUGAUUGUAUGAUUUUCUUUGUGUUGUACUCAGAUAAUAGAGUUCGAGUUCCUUGAAAAA